AUGGACUUCGACGAGUAUCGCAAAAGAGGCAAGGAAAUGGUAGACUACAUCGCCGAUUAUCUGGAGACCAUCCGUGAGCGACGAGUGCUACCGGACGUCAAACCUGGCUACAUGCGCAAUCUGUUGCCUGACUCGGCACCCCUCGAAGGUGAACCCUGGCAGACGAUCAUCGACGACGUCGAACGGGUGAUAAUGCCGGGCGUAACGCACUGGCAAAGCCCGCACAUGCAUGCAUACUUUCCGGCGCUCAACUCGUUUCCUUCGUUGCUCGGCGAUAUGCUGGCAGAUGCUAUAAAUUGCCUGGGAUUUACUUGGGCUUCAUCUCCGGCAUGCACCGAGCUCGAAUCAAUCGUCAUGAACUGGUUGGGUAAAAUGAUUGGCCUGCCGGAUGAGUUUCUGCACAUCCCAGGCGUCAGCCACGGGGGUGGAGUAAUUCAAACGACAGCCAGCGAAGCUACGCUGGUUUGUCUACUGGCAGGGCGCACAUUGGCCAUCAGACGGUUCCACGAGCAUACGCCCGGCCAGCAGGACGCGGAAAUCAACGCACGGCUGGUGGCGUACUGCUCGGACCAGGCUCACUCGAGCGUCGAGAAGGCAGCUCUAAUCGGAUUGGUGCGGAUGCGAUUCAUUGAAGCCGACGACGGUCUCAGUUUGGGCGGGCGCGCCCUGGAGGAGGCCAUCAACGAGGACAUCAAGCAAGGGCUGAUUCCUUUCUGGGUUUGUGCCACACUAGGUACUACUGGAGCGUGUGCCUUCGAUAACCUGCAGGAGGUCGGUGAAGUUUGUGCCCGGUAUAAAAUCUGGUUGCAUGUCGACGCUGCCUACGCUGGUAGUGCUUUUAUUUGUCCGGAGUUUCGGAUAUGGCUAAAGGGCAUUAACCGUGCGGAUUCGAUUGCUUUCAACCCUUCCAAAUGGUUGAUGGUUCAUUUCGAUUGCACUGCUAUGUGGGUCAAAAAUAGUGGAGCUUUGCACAGGACAUUUAACGUUGAGCCACUCUAUUUACAGCAUGAAAAUUCCGGAUUGGCCAUUGACUAUAUGCACUGGCAAAUUCCACUGAGCAAACGCUUCCGUGCUCUGAAGCUGUGGUUUGUGCUGCGAAGUUUCGGAAUCAAAGGUUUGCAGAAACACAUCCGCGAAGGAGUCCGGUUAGCACAAAAAUUUGAAGCCCUAGUGCUUGCCGACCAUCGUUUCGAAAUCCCAGCCGUGCGUCAUCUCGGAAUGGUGGUGUUCAGGAUUCGCGGUGAAAACCAUCUUACCGAGAAGCUACUGAAACGACUCAACCAUCGCGGUAAUCUGCAUGCUGUGCCGGCAUCGCUCAAGGGAAAAUACGUCAUUCGAUUCACCGUCACUUCAACCCGUACUACCAGUGAGGAUAUCCUAAAGGAUUGGUAUGAAAUUAAGACGGUUACCGGAGAUAUGCUGGAAGAACUGAACGUUAAAAUAGCGGACCGCUCAAGAGUGCCUCUAAGAGAUACUCGCGAAAAGAAUGAAGCGUUCGGUUCGAGUCUCCUUCUGGCAAAUUCGCCAAUGUCACCGAAAAUUGUUAACGGAUCGUUCGCGGCAAUCUUCGACGCCGAUGAGUUUUUGGCUAAAGUUUACGCCGGAGUACGUAUUUCGAACCAGGAUUCGCCGGCUAUGAGACGCCGUGUUCGGGGAAUACUCAUGUCCGGUAAGCAGUUCUCGCUGGACUCCCGCAUGGAUCUGGUAGUGCAAGGCAUCAGUCCUGGCGAGGUGAAAAAUGGCAUCGAGUCCAAAGCCAUUACCGAGGACUGCGAAGAGGUUUGGGAAGCUUGUGAGCAGAUGGAAGUUGUAGAUCAAGAAAUGUUGUUUAUGACGUUGUUCCCCUCGUUUCUGCUGCCAAUUCCAUUGCCCUACCGGACCCCUCCACCAACUCCACGCCGACAGUUCCGCUCGCAAAGUGUGGAUGUCGGCAUGAUUCAAGUCCAAACUAAUGCCGCCAACAGUUUACAAAACCUACUAUCGAAACCGACCGCCAGACGUUCCGAACCGUACUUUUCGACGGAUUCUCUUGACCAAGCCUUCACUCUACCGUCGCUCGCAUCCUCCAACGCUUCGUCCGCCAAGGCAUCGUACGAAUCUAACCUGGAUUCGAUCGACGAAAACCGCUCUCUGCACAGCUACCGCGCGAGUUCUUUAUCGAAGCGCCGCUGUUCGGACAGCAGCCAUCUGUUUUCGUUGACCGUACCGAACGCAUAUCCGGAAAAACGUCAAUCAGAGCCCAUGAUUCGGUGUGCGUUCUAUAACAAAAGUUUCGACAUCAUGUGUCCGAAGCCAGCGGGCGGGGUCAAGCGAGUUCUAUCGCAAAACGACAUCGCAAGGCGACCGUUUCGGCGGCAAAUCUCCACAAUCAACGAGAUUAUAACCGACGAAGCCAUUCUGCUCGACGGCAGGGUAGUUGAACACGAUUGGAAGAAGCUGAAUUUGAUUGCCCCAAAAUUUCAGUGUUGCAUCUCGGACGAGCACGGGCAGUGCAUAAAUUUCGACCCCGUCUAUCACAAUCACGAUCCACAGCUGAAUGUAAAGGAUAUUCUUCGGAAAACGUUACAGUUUGAGGAGAACUUUGUGGAAAAAUUUGAACAGGUUUGCCCCCAGAUGGAUGCUUUGAACGACCGGAAAGAGCGAGAACCGGAGCGGAAGUGCCGGAUCGGAACACGAUGUGAUGAUGAAGUAAUUUAUGAAAAUGUUAAAAUUUGUCGCAAAUGUGGACAUUGUACCGUUAGAUUGUAG